AAGGCAGAGGGUUGACAUAGACGGUAGACUGUUUAGGAACAGUGAGUCACACUGUGGAGGAGAGGAGACCAUUCAGGAUGCCAGAGCCAGUCAAAAAAGCAGUUUCAGCAUUUGCCAAGAAACCAAAGACUCAGGAGGCAGAGGAGGGGUCCGAUGUGCUCUUUGAGGCAGAGACUGAAAAGCCUGAUGCUAAAGUAAAAUGGCAGUGCAACGCAAAGGACAUCACCAGUGGCGACAAAUACGUCAUCACAGCCGAUGGAAAGAAGCACUCCCUCAGUAUCAAAGCUGUUACCAAGGAAGAUGCCAAUGUCUACGCAGUGAUUGCAGGGGGGUCAAAGGUCAAGUUUGACCUGAAGGUCGUAUCAAAGCCAGAAGUUCCAGUUGAGGCUCCAGCCGAGGCCCCUGCUGCCGCACCUGCAGAGUCCAGUGGAGAACCAGAACAGGCCUCCGCUCCGCCUGCAGCAGCACCGACAGAGGACCCGCCUGCUGCCCCAGCAAAUGAUGCUCCUCCAGCUGAGGACGGACAGCCUCCAGACACCAGACAGGACCUGACUGGACUCUUCACAGAAAAACCCCAGAGUGGGGAGGUCACCGUAGGUGGAAACAUCACGUUUGUGGCCAAAGUGAAUGCUGAGUCGUUGCUGAAGAAACCCACCAUCAAAUGGUUCAAAGGGAAGUGGAUGGACCUCGCCAGCAAGUCUGGAAAACACCUGCAGCUGAAGGAGACGUAUGACCGCAGCACCAAGGUCUACACGUUUGAGAUGCACAUCAUCGAAGCCAAGGCUAACUUUGCUGGAGCCUACAGAUGUGAGGUUACAUCCAGGGACAAGUUUGACAGCUGUAACUUUGAGUUGACUGUACAUGAGGCUUGUGCUUCUGAGGGUUUGGACAUAAGAGCAGCUUUUAGGCGCACUAGCACAGAUGGAAAUGAGGACUCGGGAGAGCUGGACUUCAGUGCCUUAUUAAAAAAGAGAGACAGUUUCUUAAAACCCUCAAAUCGAGCUGUGCAGACCAGCGCAGAGCCGGACACGGACGUGUGGGACAUCCUCAGAAAGGCUCCUUCUUCAGAAUAUGAGAAGAUUGCUUUUCAGCACGGCAUCACCGACCUGAGAGGCAUGCUGAAGAGACUGAAGAAGAUGAAGAAAGAAGAAAAGAAGAGUGCAGCUUUCCUCAAAAAGUUGGAUCCUGCUUACCAAGUGACAAAAGGACAAAAAAUGAAAUUGGCCGUCGAGGUCGCCAAUCCAGAUGUGGAGGUGAAAUGGCUGAAGAACGGACAAGAAAUUAAAGCAACUGGAAGCAAGUACAUCUUUGAGAGUGUUGGCAACAUGCGCUACCUGACCAUCAACCACUGCUCCCUGUCAGAUGAUGCAGCCUACUGCUGUGUAGUGGGAGAGGAGAAAUGCACCACUGAGCUCUUUGUUAAAGAGCCUCCAAUCCUGAUAGUGAAGAAUCUGGAGGAUCAGAUGGUGAUGCAGGGUGAGCGGGUGGAGUUAGAGUGUGAAGUCUCAGAGGAAGGAGCCAAUGUUAAAUGGGAGAAAGAUGGUGUGGAAUUGACAAGAGAUGAGUCUUUCAAGUAUCGCUUCAAGAAAGACGGCUGCAAACAUGUCCUGAUUAUUAAUGAGGCCACGAAGGAAGACUGCGGUCACUACAAGGUUAAAACGAACGGUGGCGAGUCCAUGGCUGAACUCAUGGUGCAAGAGAAAGACCUGGAGAUCUACCAGAGCAUUGCAGACCUCACAGUGAAGGCCAAGGACCAGGCGGUGUUUAAGUGUGAGGUGUCCGAUGAGAAAGUGAGGGGAACCUGGUACAAGAACGGUGUGGAAGUCCAGCCAGAUGCCAGAAUAAACAUCACACAUAUUGGCAGGAUCCACAAACUGACCAUUGAUGAUGUCAAACCAGAAGACGAGGGAGACUACACUUUUGUGCCAGAUGGCCAUGCUUUCAACCUCUCUGCUAAACUCAAUUUCUUGGAGGUGAAGAUUGACUACGUGCCACGUCAAGAUCCUCCUAAGAUCCACCUGGACUGUAUGGGUCGCACUGCUGAGUCAACUAUUGUGGUGGUGGCUGGCAACAAACUGCGUCUGGAUGUCCCCAUCACUGGAGACCCUGCCCCCACAGUAGUCUGGACUAAAGGAGAGAAGGUCCUCACAGAGGCAGAUGGAAGGGUCCAUGUUGAAACCUCCAAAGGACACUGUAUCUUCACCAUCGAGGGGGCUGAGCGGCAAGACGAGGGAAUCUACUCUGUCGUGGUUCGAAACCCUGCUGGGGAGGACACUGCAGAUAUCAAUGUGAAAGUUGUUGAUGUUCCAGAUCCUCCUCAGGCUCCCAGAAUCCUCAGCGUGGGAGAGGACUCUUGUGUGGUCGAGUGGGAUCCUCCCCUGUUUGAUGGUGGACAGCCAAUUAUUGGCUAUGUGCUGGAGAGAAAAAAGAAGAAGAGCUACAGGUGGAUGAGACUGAACUUUGAUCCGUAUCCUCAAACUACUUAUGAAGCCAGGCGGAUGAUUGAAGGAAUGGAGUACGAGAUGCGAGUCUAUGCUGUCAAUGGCAUCGGCAUGUCUCGUCACAGUCAAGCCUCACAGCCUUUUGUGCCAAUCGCCCCUACAAGUGAGCCCAUUGCACUGACCGUCGACGACAUCAGUGACACUUCCAUCUCGUUGAAGUGGCGGCCGCCUGAGAGGAUCGGCUCCGCUGCACUCGAGGGUUAUGGGGUUGAGUACUGCAAGGAGGGCACGGAUGAAUGGAUACCCGCCAUUCAGGGUCUGACUGACCGGACAUCAGUGACCGUGAAAAACCUCACCACCGGAGACAAGCUGCAGUUCCGUGUGCGGGCCUACAACAUGGCAGGUCCCAGUGCUGCCACCUGUCUGGGUCAGCCUGUCACCAUCAGAGAGAUAAUGCAACGCCCUAAAAUUUGGCUCCCCAGAUAUCUCCGCCAGACUCUCGUCAAGAAAGUUGGAGAAACUGUCAACAUUGUGAUUCCAUUCAAUGGUAAGCCGAGGCCAAAGGUGACAUGGAGCAAAGACGGGGAGCCUCUCAGCCCCCAGUUUGCUAGUGUUAGGAACAGCGACGUGGAUACCAUCCUCUUCAUCCGCAGGACGGAGAGAACACACUCUGGACAGUAUGAUCUGCAGGUGCAGAUUGAGAACGUGGAAGACAAAGCACAUAUCACACUGCAGAUUGUUGAUCUCCCAGGGCCCCCUCAGGCUCUGAAGAUCACUGAUGUCUGGGGCUUCAAUGUGGCCCUCGAGUGGAAGCCACCGAAGGACAACGGCAACACCGAAAUAACUGGUUACACCAUUCAGAAAGCUGACAAGAAGACCAUGGAGUGGUUCACAGUCUACGAGCAGUACAGGCGAACCAACUGCGUCGCGUCCGACCUCAUCAUGGGGAAUGAGUAUGUUUUCCGAGUCUUUUCCACCAAUCUGGUGGGCCUCAGCAUGGAUCCCUGCAACACACCAGACAGCGCUUUCAUCCAGAAAACAGGUAUCGAGUACAAGCCACCUGUCUACAAGGAACACGACUUCUCACAGGCUCCCAAGUUCACACACCCGCUGGUGAACCGUUCUAUCAUUGCAGGAUACAGCACGACCCUCAGCUGUGCUGUAAGAGGCAUACCAAAGCCCAAAGUCACCUGGUACAAGAACAAGAUGGACAUCUCAAAUGAAGCCAAGUACCGGAUGAUCAGUAAACAAGGUGUUCUGACGCUUGAGAUCCGUAAACCCUGUACGUUUGACGGAGGAGUUUAUAUGUGCAAAGCAGUCAACGACAGCGGAGAAGACAUAGUGGAGUGUAAACUGGAAGUUCGCCCUCAAAUUGCUAGAGAAGAAAAGAAGUAAAAAUGGUUCAAGCUCCUGACUGAAGAGAAGAUCAGUUUGUCUCCUGCAUGUUGACUGUUAAGUGUCUCUUCACCUGUGUCACAAACUAUGUUUAGCCCAUAUCCAUUUGUGUUUGUGCACCAUUUCUUCUGGAAUCAUCUUCCAUUUCAUCAUCCUGACUUGUGUUAGCAUCAUGUGUACCACUGGAUUACUGAAUUCUGCACUCAUUGCAAACAGUAGAGAAAACUGUGUAAGAGUGUCCAGUAAAUAUACACAAUAGUCAAGGAAAGAAGCACUAUUUAUGAAAUUAAUUUAAGAUGUUGUCUUUCAUUUAUUCCAGAUGAACACAAUUAAUGGAUUGUAGUGUUUGGAUUUGUUUGUGUGCUUACAAAGGUCAAUAUAAAUGCUUCAAAAACA